AUGCCAACUCUAACUACUACAAAUAUUCAACACCUUGAUGCACAACAUUUAAAUGGCGAUGACAAGAAAAGAGCUUUCCAAAAAACUCAUCAACACACGAAAACACAAUCCAAACCAAAACAUACAACAUCAGCAGUAAACUAUCGUCGAGUUAGUGCACAUGAUAUAGAAAAUGAAGAACCAAGAUCAACAUUUAUUCCACAUAAUCGUGGAAGAAAAAAACAUCGAAGUAUUUUUGAAAAAGUUGAUUUACAUAGCGGACGUACAACUUAUUUGGGUUGUGGUUCAUUUUCACAAUUAGAAGAUUGUAUCAGUGAUUGUUUAACACGUGAUCAACGUCAUAAAAGUAUUGAAAUUUAUGCUACAAAACGUAGUGAUCCAUUACGAUGCUUCACACGUGCAUCUGUACUUGAAGAUUAUUGUUAUGACGGAAUUAUAUUACCAAAAUGUUGUAAAAUUCGUUCAACAAGUUGUGAUCCUUGUCGUUGUGAUUAUUGUGUAGUUGGUUCGAGAAGUUGUGAUCCUUGUCGUUGUGAUUAUUGUGUUAUUCGCUCGAGUAGUUGUGAUCCUUAUUGUUGCGAUUAUUAUAAGAAAUGUGCAGGUGAACUUUCUCUUCCAGAAAUUCGUGAAGUUAAUGAUGCUCUUGACAAAUGUGGUAUAUCUGUUUUUUCACGCCAUCUUCAUUCUGAUCAUAAAUCACAUACUGCCCGUGAUAUUGCUUCGGCAUGUGAACUUCUACUUUCAGAUCCACAAUUUGCAGCAUAUAAACAUGGAAGUCCAGCUGUGUCACAUGUUUGGGAUGCUAUGCGUCAUUAUCAACCACCUCCAGCCGUAGCAAAUGUUUGGGAUGCUAUGCGUCAUUAUCAACCACCGCCAGUUGCUCCUAGCUAUCCGCCACCAUCUCUUCCUCCUAGCUAUCCGCCACCAUCUCUUCCUCCUCCUCCUCAACUGCCAUACGGUCCAAGUCCAGGUGGUGUACCGAAUAUUUUCAAUCCUCCUCCACAGCCUCCAUAUAAUCCGGGUCAAAUGGGUGCACCGAAUAUGUUUGGUCCUCCUCAACCACCUCCAUCCAGUUCUGGUUCAGGUGUUUUAUCGCGUCUAUUUGGUGGUGGUGGCGGUGGUGGACCACAACAACCACCACCACCCAUGCCCCCACCCAUGCUCCCACCAUCACAACCACAGCAACCUCCAUCCGGUGCUGGUCAAAGUGUUUUAUCACGUCUAUUUGGUGGUGGUGGUGGUGGACCACAUUAA